AUGCCUCACGCCGACGCCGCCAAUUUCACCGACGCUCCCGACAAGCCGGCCGCGUACGCGCAACUCCUGGACUCCCUCCAAGCCCUCGUGGCCGACCAGCGCAACUGGGUCGCCAACACAGCCAACACCGCCUCGCUGCUCUGGCAUCUGUACCACUCGCUCCCGGAACCCUCGGCGUCCGUAAACUGGUCGGGCUUCUACGUGCUGGACCCUCAGAGCACGAAUCAGUUGAUCCUCGGCCCUUUCAUGGGCAAGGUGGCCUGCCAGACGAUACGCAUUGGCAAAGGCGUGUGCGGCGCCGCUGCCCAGCGAGGAAGCACAGUACUCGUCACGGACGUCGAUGACUUCCCCGGCCAUAUUGCCUGCGAUGGCGAUAGUCGGAGUGAGAUCGUUGUGCCGAUCAAAGUCGGUGAAAAGGUCGUCGGCGUCAUUGACAUUGAUUGCACCGAGGUCGGCGGCUUCGACGAACACGAUCAAAAGGGCCUGGAGGCCAUUGCAGACUUAUUGGCAAAAUCCUGUGACUGGUAG